UUGCUACCCUGAACAACCUCGGUCGCCCCUAGACAAACGCGCUGAGCUUAUUCGCGAUUCCGAAUCAUGGUAUAUCUGAAGGAAUACAUCGAUCAAGGAGUGCAGACCGCAUGUCCUCUACAAUCAGCAGCAGACUUGGCAACGGUUCGUGUUCCCCAAGCUCCCCUCGAUGAUCCUGGACAGCUUUUACAUGAAAUCACAAUCGAAUUACAACCAGUCGACCCUGAACUGCCUCAUUCUCCCUCCUCCGUCGAUGAUAACAGCGCAUAUAGUCGGUCCAAUCUUCAAAAUAGCCCCGUUAGCCCCAUGUGCGCAACCUUGGUAUCUCGCCGCGUUCCUAGGCGCAAGUUAUUCCUCGUUGAGCGUCGCCCAGAAGGAAAGACCGUCGAAAGACGCGUUAUUUCUAUGCCGGAUAACAAGCAUAUCAAAUUGGACACUCAGAAUGGCAUGCGGGUGGUCUCCAUGCCUGAGUAUCUCGCGGCUGCUGUUGACCUGUCUCUGGAUUCCAUCGAGUCUCCUUCCGCUGGAGCAUCCUUUGAAUCGUUGUACCUUGAGAAACGCCAUCGAGUCAGAGUCUGUCCCCCACCCUCGGACGUACCACGCACGCCUUCUCCGCCAUCGUCUCCCGAGUCGAUCCUCAUCAUCGACAGUCACGCGCAGCUUCCUGAUGGAUUCCUUAGAAGAAAAUAUUCUCAAAAGACAGCUGUGUCCUCAAACGGUUGGACAACAUGGGCGAGUUCUCCUCCUCGCCCUAUCCCGGCACUUCAUGGCCCGCUUUCGCUGCCAUAUGCUCGUUGUCCAUCGGGAGCUGAAGGAACAAUUAUUGAGGAGCCGGGUAACGUAUCUCGAAUGAUAUGGGGUUUAGGCAGAAACGACUCUCAUCAAUAUCGCGGUGAUAGCGAGUAUACGGAUGAUGAAACACACCAUAAAGCCUCCCCUCAUCCGCAGGUUCCACCGCGAAUGCAAAAGAAGCAUGGGAUUCAGAAACCUCCUGCUCAGGUACGAGCAGCAGCGAAUGGCAAGAAGUCAUUCAAAGGAGACGCUGGCGGCGGCGGAGCAUCCAUUCGUCACCAUGACCACGAACGUCGAAUUCAUGGACACUCGCAGGCACCUCAUCCACCGGAACCAAGAGCUGAACAAGCAAUCCGCGGUCUUCCUUUCUCAGGUUCUUGGUGGUCAGAAACUGGUAUCCCAACUGUUCGUGAAUCAGAAACCCACGAAAGAGGCUAUGGCUCGUCGCUUAACGAUCAGAAACUUCUCUUGGAUUUGCAGCUCGCAUUUGCGCAACAGUCGCUUCAGAACACUGCACUCAAUCAAGCUUACCCUGAAGGUCUUAAGCCAGUGUUUCCGGUUUCGAACUAUCCUCGCGCCACCCCCACUUACCCGAAAAUCUUCGUGGAACCGCGUCUCAACGAGGUGGUCAAUGCAGCACAGCGUCAGUCCGCCAUGGAGAUUGCACAACAGUAUCGUCAACGUCAGGAGUUCCGUCUCAAGCAGCAGGGUGCUCUACCCACCCCGCCAAGUUCUUCCUCUCCUCAGUGGUCUUCAAACUUUUCGCCCUACCAGUAUCAUUCUGUGUCUCCUGAGAUGGACUUCCAAAACACCCUAGGUCUCCCUCAUCACGUCCAGCAAGCACAACGCCCCUUCGUGGAUGCAUCCCAUCAAGCCCGCAGGUUCUUGUACGAUCGUCAGGACAACAAUCUCGAGACUCAUUUCUUCAGUGGAAGCGGCGGCGGCGGGUCUAUGCUCUCGCCUCAUGACAAGGGCAUCCCUUCUACAGUUAAUCAUCAUCCUUCGGAUGUUUCUGGCGGUCUAGCCAACUAUUUGCGCGAUUUACAGGCAUUAUCUUCUUCAGCAUUGGCUCAGCAGCCUCGUUAUGCUGGUACCGCUGAACCUCAUCUGGCGGCAGCAGCUCACCAUCCUGUCAGUACUGGUCGUACCGUUGUCUCCGUUGCUCCUCCCUCGCCUGAGUCACCCGGGUCCCGGUCUCGCAGUAUUUCCUACCAGCAACCCAGCUCUGCCCCCCUUGCGCGAUUAGUGCAGCGCCGACUGUCUUCUGUACCGGAAGAGGAGCUCAGCGGUCUUGCGGAUACCUCGUCUACAUCUGCUUUCCAGUUUACCGAUUGCCACCAGCACAGUCUCUCCUCCCGUGGCCAUUCUGACGACAAUGCAACACUUCGCAGGUAUCACCAAGAACAACGCCUUGAGGUUCCUGCUGUCGGUCGUGUCAGAGUACCUAGCCCCGACGCAGUUGACGAGUAUGGGGCGCAGCCAUACUCGUUCCCUCAUGGGACAUCGCCCGCAAAAGUCCGUCUUCCCUCGGUACAGGAACAGGAGGAGUACGAGCGCCAAAGCCGCAUACAGCCGCGACCCAAAGGAGGGAGAGCUGUGGACUCGUCCCAGCAGUUCAAAAAGAAACCACGCGGAAGGAAACUAAGGAGCGACGUGCGACCAUAGUUUUCCUUGGAUGGAAGAGUCUCGGCCACUUUUUACUGCCGCUUUGCGUUUGUUCUUUUUGUCCCGCAUGUUUCUCAAAGUUUUCGUGUUGUCUUUUUUUUUUUUUUUUUUUUU